AUGGUCCCACCCAUCGACCGCCCUACCAGACGGAUCCCCAAAGCAACAUUCAAACUCCUUAGAGGAUCUGAGAAUUCGUCUUUCCAACCCACCAGCACAGUUGCUGAUAAAUUGCUUGGUGGACUUCUGGCUUCAGGAUUUGAUGAAGGUUCUUGCAUAAGUAGGUACCAAUCUAGCAUGUAUCGUAAAAUUUCACCUCAUAAGCCUUCUCUUUUUCUUCUUUCUAAGCUGCGUAAAUACGAAAAUCGUCACAAACAGUGUGGACCUUACACUAAAUCCUACAUUAAAGCUGUGAAAGAACUCAAUUCUAGCCAGGCCAAUGGAACUACAGGCUGCAAUUACAUUGUCUGGUUGCCUUCUAAUGGACUUGGUAACAGGAUUGUAAGCCUGGCUUCUGCAUUUCUAUAUGCCCUCCUCACUAACAGGGUCCUACUUGUGCAUCAUGGAACUGACAUGGAUGAUCUUUUCUGCGAGCCAUUUCCGAAUACAUCAUGGCUAUUGCCUGCAGAUUUUCCCCUUAAGAAUCAAUUUGAUAGCUUUGAAAUGAGAAACAUUCAUAGUUAUGGGAACCUGCUAAAGAAUCACAAUAUGAGCAGUUCAACCAUGCUACAGAAGCCUGCAUUUCUGCUUCUUUAUGUAGCUUAUGACUAUGAGGAUCAUGACAAACUCUUUUACCAGGAUCAAAAUCAAGGUUUUCUUCAAGGUGUGCCUUGGUUAAUUUUGAAAUCAGACCAGUAUUUUGUCCCUUCUCUUUUCUCAAUCCCAACUUUCAGGAAAGAGCUAAGCAUAUUGUUUCCUGAUAAAGAGACUGUCUUCCACCACUUGGUUCGGUAUCUUUUCCACCCAUCAAAUGAAGCAUGGGGACUAAUCACCAGGUUCUACCAGGCUUACUUAGAGAAAGCAGAUGAGAGAAUUGGCCUGCAGAUAAGACUAUUUCAUCCUGAAUCGAUUCCGAGUCAGCUUGUUAUGAAGCAAAUUCUGUCUUGCACAGAAAUGGAAAAUCUGCUACCCCAACUAGACAAGCAAAAGCAUCUAGUUUCAGCUUCUCCAUUGAAAAACCAGACAUUAAAAGCUAUUCUAGUAGUGUCCUUACAUUCAAUCUACUACGAAAACUUGAGAAAUAUGUAUUGGAUUAAGCCAACAGUGAAUGGAGAAGCAAUUGGAGUAUAUCAGCCAAGCCAUGAAGAGUAUCAACAAUUUGGUAAUAAUAUGCACAAUAUGAAGGCAUGGGCUGAAAUGUAUAUACUAAGCAUGAGUGAUGUGUUGGUGACCAGCACUUGGUCUACAUUUGGGUAUGUAGCUCAAGGCCUUGGAGGUGUGAAGCCCUGGAUUCUAUUCAUACCUGAUAACCAGACGAUUCCUGAUCCGCCUUGUCAGCGAGCCAUGUCCAUGGAGCCCUGCUUCCAUUAUCCUCCAAGCUAUGACAGAAAGGCAAACAUUAUACUUGAUAAUGUUGAUCUUGGUCCUCAUAUCAGGAAUUGUGAAGAUGCGAGUUGGGGACUAAAACUGGUUGAUAAUGAUCAUGAAUAAUGGUGAUUGAGUACUAAAGAUGUCAUGAUCAUUGUUUAGGAAAUAGCUUGUUCUAACAUUGGUGGAAAAUGCAACUUCUACUGUUACAAAAUAUAUAUAUAUA